UCUGCACUUCACUUCCUAGUGUCGCAUCUACCUCCCUCAUCUCAGCUCAUACAGUCCGACAAAAGUGUGCAAUUUGAUCGCGGCUCUCAUUAAGGACAAAGGAUUACUUGAAAGGAGCACAAUUUGGACCAUGCUUUUUUCACCGUGUUACUGGACAAAGAAGCGCUAAUUUGCCUUUAGCUGGAGGCAUAUUGUUUGUGCUGUGUGGCCACACAUUGGCCUACCUGUGCGGACUUGUCCGCACCCCAAGGUGGGAGGGUGGAACACAAGUAGACAUACUUUUGCCUUAUACGUUUCCCUCUCUCUCUUAUUUGCUCUUUUGCUCGCUUUCUCUGUCUUUGUCAUUGCGCGCGGAUGAUAAGGGGCCUAUACGCUGAAAUGUCGACAAAUGAAAGAGCAAUCCGAGCACUGAAAGAGAUUCUACAAAAGCCGGGAAAUGACGCCUGUGCAGACUGUGGCUCACGGGAUCCUGGUUGGGGUUCAUGCUCCCUAGGAGUGUUCAUCUGUCUGGAAUGUUCUGGGAUCCACCGCAACAUCCCUGAAAUCAGCAAAGUCAAAUCCCUGAGAUUGUCCCACUGGGAGGACCACGAGCUGCAGUUCAUGGCUGAGAAUGGAAAUGAGCUAAUGAAGAAAAAGUUUGAGGCAGCUGUUCCAGUGUACUACUACAAACCAACCCAUAAGGACUGUCAAGCGCUGAGAGAGCAGUGGAUUAGAGCAAAGUAUGAGAGAAAAGAGUUUUCCAAACCUGGGGAAAACGUAAGAUAUGAAUCAGGAAUGAAAGAGGGUGUGUUAAUGAAAAGGGGGCGAGACAACGGGCAGUUUCUUAGCAGACGAUUUGUCCUUUCUGAAAGAGAUGGCACUCUGAAGUACUACAUCAAAUAUGACGCUAAGGAGCCCAAAGCAGUGAUUAAGGUGGACUCUAUUAAUGCAACAUUCCAGCCAGAGAAGAUAGGAAAUCCCAACGGCCUCCAGAUCACCUACCUCAAAGACUACAGCACCCGAAAUAUCUUUGUCUAUCACGAGAAUAGCAAGGAAAUUGUUGACUGGUUUAAUUCAAUUCGUUCAGUUCAGCUUCAUUAUCUAAAAGUGGCCUUUCCUGGUGCAACUGAUUCUGAGCUCAUACCCAAACUUACUCGGAACUUUCUGAAGGAAGGAUACAUGGAAAAAACAGGUCCACGGCAAACAGAAGGCUUCAAGAAACGUUGGUUCACACUGGAUCAGAGACGACUGAUGUACUUCAAAGAUCCAUUGGAUGCCUUUGCCAAAGGUGAAGUAUUCUUGGGGAACAGGGACAACGGUUACAGCGUCUCUCUUGGCUUACCGGCUGGGACCCACUGCAAUGGCGCUUGGCAACAGGGCAUCACAAUAGACACACCCGAGCGGUGCUUCCUGUUUACUUGUGAGACAGAGAGUGACCAACAGGACUGGCUGAAACACUUCAGUGAUGUUAUGAGUGCUCAGAUGUCCCCUCAGGACUACACAAUGGAGGCCUUGUUAAAGCACCGACACUGACAGAUCAGAGGCCUUUGGGACCUUCUCCUCCCCUCUACUCCCAUCAACAGUUUGACAGCAAGCCAGAGCUGGUUGCAUAAUCCCAAAAGUAUGGACUUCAGGUUAAAACUUAGGACAAUUAUAUCAAAGCACUGUCAGAUAGGAUAAAUUACACAUUAAUUUCAGAAACCGAUUUUUCAUUUUGCCUUGUAUUGUAAAAGUUUCUUUCUUACAACAACCUUGUUAUUUAAACUAAAUCUCAACAAAACUUUUUUUCUGUCUUUAAUACUUGUGGCUACUACUCAUAUUGAAUAAUAACAUGCAACAUUUUGUGUGCAAAGCGACUUACAUUUUAAGAGGUAAAGCCUUCAUGAAACAAUAAUCUGUUAAGUGAAAUUAAUUAAUUUCAUGCAUGUAAUGCUGUAACAGUUUUUUAUAUAUAUUUAGAUUGUACUAGAUGCCCUAUUCCAAUUUUAUUAGAUAUUUCUGCCCAAGUAUAUAUGUAUUGAGUUUGUGAUUCAUUUUUUACUGCUGGUUAUGGGAAACACUAUGAUCUAAGCUUUUGGGAGAACCACAUGCUUGAAUAUUAAUGUGACUGGGUUUUACUUAGCUCCUUUGGUUACAAGGUUUAAUAUUCUAUACAGCAAGUUACAGGAGGAAAAUGUCUUUACUGCAAUGUUAAUAUAGGUCAAAAUGAUACAACACUUUAGAGAAAGAAAAACAAUCAUCACAUUCUAAGCUUUUAGCAGCUUCUUAAUAUAUAUACAUCUUAUAUUCUCUAAUGUUCUGAAUUUCUGUUACUUUUUAAUUUAAUAAGACGCAUGCUUUUUUAAGUACUCUUACAAAAAAAGUACUUAUCAUUUAGUAGCACCUUCAUAUGGUACAACUCUACAAAACUAAAAAUCUUUACAAAUUUAUAUAACAACUAGAGUCAGGCUAAAAAGAAACCCCACCCGCUGUAAAUUUUAGGUUUUUGUAUAAUUUGUAUAAAUGAGCUGCUUCUUGCUAGGUUCUAAAAAAACCUAAAUCUAAUUUCAAGUGUACACUCACCAGAUUCCACCAUGCUAUUUUUGAACAAAAAUAAAACCAAAAUGGAAAGAAAUUGUGAAGAACUAACUAGACAUCAAAAGCAGCACAUAAAUACAAAAUACAUACAACCCUAGAAUUCAACAAGGAUGUCCUUUCUUUUUACUGUGACUGUAACCCUUUAAUUGUAGUUGUGAAAAUGUACCCCUUUCAUGUUAAUAUUUUGCUUUUUAUUAAAGGUAUUUUCUUGUUUUACCAUUGCAAACUGGCAAAUAAUUUUAACUAAUAAAAAUCUGUUGUAGAAAA